AUUGCACAAAAACAUGUAAAAUGUACGGAUUUUAACACCAAAGUCAAAUAGCUGGCAACGCUGUCACAGUAUUUAACAGCAAGUUAAUAUACAAUAUUUUUUUAAAUAUCAUAUCAAUAUAGAGUCUUUACUACAGCUCAAUAACUUUUUAAAAAGUUUUAUUUUUAAUGUUUUCCCAGUUUACGCAUUAUGUUGCUGCACACUUGACUUCCUCGUCGAUUGCUGUCGUCAUCAUGGUCCUAGAGCCGUCAGCAAACAAAAGCAAUCAUCGUGUCUCGCAGUAAAAGCAUACCAGCUUUGAGGAUCAACUGUUUAUGUCCAAAUUCUGAAUUAAUGAUGAGCUCUCCUCAGCCUGGCAGCCCACCUCUUGCAGAACAAUACACUCCUGUGCAAGAUGAAGAGAACCAGCAAGAGGAGGAGGAGGAGGUGGAGGAUCAGCCUGCAAAAAAACGUGGCAGAGGGAGACCUCCCAAAGCCAAGCCCCUUUUUAAAUGCUCCAUGUGCAGUGAGUCCUUCAAGUGCCUGUCAGCUCUGCAGAGCCACAAGACUUCAGCGCACACAAAGGAACGUCAACAACAGCCCCACUCAUGUUCUGAGUGCACCAAAACGUUCCUCAGCAAGGCUCAGCUAUCAAAGCACGAGCGUACGCAUUCCUCCCAGCGCCCCUUUCAGUGCCCAGAUUGCCACAAGGCUUACAAGACAGCCACAGAGCUGCGAAACCACAGCCGCUCGCAUACCGGAGAGAAACCUUUCGUAUGCACCGAGUGUGGCAAGGCCUUUAUGCAGGCUAUAUGUCUGAGGAUCCACAUGACGCAGCAUAGUGGAGAGCGCCCAUACUCGUGUCGCCAGUGCUCCAAGAGCUACCCCACUUUGUCCAAACUGAAGGUGCACGAGCGCUCUCACACUGGAGAAAAGCCAUAUUUCUGUGCCGAGUGCGGCAAGAGCUUUGCUGAUCCUUCGGUGUUCCGAAAACACAGAAGGAACCAUCAGGGCCACCGGCCAUAUGCCUGUGAUGAAUGCGGCAAGACGUACACAGAGCUGAAGGACCUAAAAAACCAUGAGCGCUCGCACACUGGAGAAAAGCCCUUCCUCUGCUCAGACUGUGGCAAAGCCUUCUCCCGCUCCUCCUCUCUGGCCUGCCAUCAGCGCAUCCACUCUCAGAAUAAACCUUAUCAGUGUGAGCAGUGUGGCAAGGGCUUCACCCAGCUGUCCUCCUACCAGUCUCAUCUCCGCACUCACUCAGGUGAGAAGCCGUUUCUCUGUCCACAGUGUGGCAAGAUGUUCUCCGACCCCUCCAGUUUCCGUCGACACCAGCGCGCCCACUCGGGUUUCAAACCGUACCCUUGCGAUAAGUGCUCCAAGCGUUUUCGGCAGCCCGCUGACUUGGCGGUUCAUGAGAGGGUUCACUCCGGAGAGCGGCCAUACAAAUGCCAGAGCUGUGACAAAGCCUUUGUCGCGUCCUGGGAUCUGCGGCGCCACAUGCUCGUCCACACCGGCCUGCGGCCUUUCUCGUGCACAGAAUGCGAUAAGUCAUUUGCUGAGCGCUCGAGUCUCAACAAGCACCGGCGUGUGCACUCUGGAGAGAGGCCCUUCAAAUGUGAGGAGUGUCUGAAGUCGUUUGUAGUGUCAUCGAGUCUGCGUAAGCAUGAAAGAACCCACCUCGCUGAGCAGUCUGAGCAGCAGCAGCAGCAGCAGGAGGCAGAGGCUGCAUCAACAUCAAACUUCACCACCGCCACCACCCUCCCCCAGUUCUCCUGCAACCAUUGUGAUGCAACAUUUGGCACAUGGGAUGAAGUUCAGACUCAUGAAAACCUUCACUCUGUGGAUUCCACCUCUCUGUCUGUUACAAAAAUCGUGUCGCUGGGGUCCCACGUCUGUGCUACCUGCCAUGCAGAGUUUGCACAGCUGGCAGACAUGCAGGAGCACGAGAAGCAGCACCCAAAGCCGAGGCCACACGUCUGCAACAGCUGCGGCAAGGGCUUCCUCAACAAAUCUGGACUGCGCAAACACCAGAAAAUCCAUUCCACCAGCAAGCCUCACAGCUGCCCCCACUGCGGCAAGGCUUUCCUGUUUGCCGCUUACCUUCGCAAGCACUUACGGACUCACAGCAACGCCACGCAGCCCGCCUCACAGCUCACCGAGCUGAACAUUAUUCACACAGAUCCGCUCCCUUCUCCUCCACCCGCCAGUGAAGCUUCUGCCUCUGCAGCUGAAACCAGCAGCAUGCCUCUCACAGUCCCUGAGCCAGCUUUUCACACCAUCCCAGACUACCUAGUCAAAGAAGAAGCUCUUUAAACGGUUCACCUUUUGUCAUUAACUCCACUGACAUAAAACAAGUUGCCUUGGAUGAUUUCUAAACGAUUUUUCUGAUUAUAAAAUAGUCAAAAAAAGCUUUUUAAAAAAAAAAAAAAAGUUUACAGUGUUUGUGCAUCUUUGUUGCAUAAAAAUGGCUUGUAACGGUAUUGUUUUUAAUCUGUUUACUGUUGAUGUGACAUUUUCUUAUGUGCUCACAAAAGUACAGCUGUGUUAAACCACAAAGCCACUAAAGGAUUUUUCCAACAGUAUGUUUUAGAUGUUUACUAUUCUUCAAUGUUACAGUUCAGAGACCUUAUUGUGUGUUUUGAACAUUUCAAAUAUAUCAUGAUAUGCAAUUUAAAGAAAGUGUGGCAUAUAUCCAAUUUGACAUUAUUAAACUGAGUUAAAGUUGAU